CACGAGGUCUCUGCGGUCUGUCGCGGCCAUGUCUACCUCACGAGAUUUUGGGUCGGCGUCGGAGCCCGGGAGUGACGAAAGGCGGCAGAAGAAACAGAACCGCUUCGUGAUGGUUGGCUUAACGGCCUCCGUCAUGCUGAUCCUUGCCGUGGUCGGAGUCGCCACCGUUCAGUACAACUCCGAGGCGGACGAGUCGAGCACCAGCCCUUCUGACGGCGGCUUGGAGUCGACGUCGCAUUUCCGUACCACGUCCGCCAUUGAGGUGAUCUGUUCACCGACCGACUACAAGAGCUCCUGCGAGUCGAGCCUGAGUAAGUACGUCAACGAUAGCUCGAAGCCCAAGGACCUGGUGAGGGCUGCCGUCUUAGCCGUCGUCGACGGGGUCGCCAAGGCCUUCAACCGCUCCGACUCGAUCAAGUCCGACGACCCCGAGGUGAAGGCCGCCAUUGCGGACUGCAAGGAGAUGCACCAGUAUGCCGUCGAUGAGCUUGCGAAAACGCUGAGUCACAUCGACGAGCACCACCUGAAGCAGCUCCCGAAGCAAAUCCCUGAGCUGAAGAACUGGCUGAGCGCCGUGGUCGCCUACCAGCAGACGUGCAUCGACGGCUUCCCUGAAGGGAAGCUCAAGUCCAAGAUGCAGGCCGCGAUGAAGUCCGCCAAGGAAAUCACGAGCAAUGCUUUGGCCAUCGUGGGGAAGAUAUCCUCCUUCCUCACUCUCAUUCAGGUCGCCGGCUUCAGCCGUCGUCUCCUCGAAGAAGAGCCCGCGGAGCCGGAAUGGUACGUGGACGGCAAUCCUUCAUGGGUGUCCCACGGCGACCGGAGGCUCCUCCAGACUCCUGCCACGCCUGAAUUAACGCCCAAUGUUACGGUCGCCAAGGAUGGAAGCGGAGACUUCACCACCAUAUCGGGGGCACUCGCUAAGGCACCAAAGAAAUUACUUAACGGAAGGUAUGUGAUCUAUGUAAAGGAGGGAGUGUACGAGGAGACAGUGGCGGUGGACAAGAAUACGUGGAACAUCACCAUGUAUGGUGAUGGUGAACAGAAGACGAUUGUUACAGGGAGCAAGAACUUUAUUGAUGGCGUGAAGACCUAUCACACCGCCACCUUUGCUGCGAUCGGAGAUGGGUUCAUGGCGGUGGACAUGGCAUUCCUGAACACGGCGGGGGCCAACAAACACCAGGCGGUGGCGCUCCGGGUGCAGGCCGACCGCGCCAUCUUCCUCCGGUGCCGCAUGGAGGCGUACCAGGACACCCUGUACGCCCACAGCCACCGUCAGUUCUACCGCGACUGCCUCAUCAGCGGCACCAUCGACUUCAUCUUCGGCGACGCCUCCGCCGUCUUCCAGCACUGCACUCUGACCGUGCGCCGACCCCUCAACAACCAGCAGAACAUCGUGCUCGCCCAGGGCCGCAGCGUCCUCCAAGAGUCCACCGGAUUCGUCAUCCAAAACUGCCGCAUCGUCGCCAUCCCCGCCCUCGCAGAUGCCAAACCCAAGUUACGCAGCUACCUCGGCCGCCCGUGGCAGGAGUUCUCCAACACCAUCAUCAUGGAGUCGGAGAUCGGCGACUUCAUAGAGCCAGAAGGGUACACGCCAUGGGAGGGAAGCUUCGCGCUCGACACCUUGUCCUACGCCGAGUACAACAACAAGGGCCCCGGCGCCGACACCUCGAAGCGGGUGCACUGGGCCGGCUUCAAGGUCAUCAGCCAGGAGGAGGCCAGCGCUUACACCGCUUCACCGUUCAUACAGGGAGACGAUUGGAUCUCAAAGAUGGGCGCACCUGUUAGCUUGGGUCUCUACAACGAGUAAUCCACAGCAAGCGAAGCUAUCUAAUCUAUCCCUAUCCUUCUCUCUAUUAAGUGAUAUCCAUUUGAGAGGAACUGCGUGAUCGGAUAUGAAGAAAAGCCCUCACAAUAUGAUAUCUACGACAAAUUUCAAUGAGU